ACGAGUUUUCUAUACUUUGAUUUUAUACUUUAUUAGAAAUAAAACAAUAUGUCUGAUAUUACUCAGCAAAUGAACAACCUCUCUGUUGGUGACGCUACCCCAAAGCCUCAACAACAGCAGCAAGGAUCGCGUCGUUCCCAAUACGUUCCUCCUCACCUUCGUGGAUCUGGUAGAGGUGCUGAAUCUAUGGGUAAUGGUAGUGGCAAUGACUCUGGCUUCGGUGGCAGUCGUCGUGGUGGCUACGAUAACAAUCGCCGUAGUGGAUUUGGUGGCGGUAGUUUCGGUGGCAGUGGUGGCUACGGUGGUGGAAACCGUCGUGGUGGCUACGGUGACCGUCGUGGUGGCUUUGGUGGUAGAAGAAGAGCUGGUGAAGGUCGUUGGGUCGAUGGUAAGCAUGUUCCAUCUGAACGUAACGAAAAGAUGGAAUUGGAACUCUUUGGUGUCAAGGAAGAUCCAACUUUCCAAUCUUCUGGUAUUAACUUUGAUAACUAUGAUGAUAUUCCAGUUGAAGCUUCUGGUGAAGGUGUUCCAGAACCAAUCACUGCCUUUACUGCCCCUCCUUUGGAUGAAUUGUUAGUUGAAAACGUUACUCUUUCUAGAUUCACCAAACCAACUCCAGUCCAAAAGUACUCCGUUCCAAUCGUUGCCGCUGGUAGAGAUUUGAUGGCUUGUGCUCAAACUGGUUCCGGUAAGACUGGUGGUUUCCUUUUCCCAGUUUUGUCUGAAUCUUAUAUGAAUGGUCCAGCUCCAGUCACUGAAACUGGUGGUGCCUUUUCUUCCCAUAAGGUUCACCCAACCAUUCUUGUCAUGGCUCCAACCAGAGAAUUGGUUUCUCAAAUUUUUGAAGAAGCUAAGAAGUUUUCUUAUAGAUCUUGGGUUCGUCCAUGUGUAGUUUACGGUGGUGCUGACAUUGGUUCCCAAAUCAGAAACUUGGAAAGUGGUUGUGACCUUAUGGUUGCCACUCCAGGUCGUCUUAAGGAUUUAUUGGAAAGAGGCCGUGUUUCCUUACUGAACAUUAAAUACUUGGUUCUUGAUGAAGCUGACAGAAUGUUGGAUAUGGGUUUCGAACCUCAAAUCAGACACAUUGUUCAAGAAUGUGACAUGCCAGGUGUUAACGAUAGACAAACCCUUAUGUUCUCAGCCACUUUCCCAAGAGAUAUUCAAAUGUUGGCUCGUGAUUUCUUGAAGGAAUACAUUUUCUUAUCUGUUGGACGUGUUGGUUCCACUUCUGAAAACAUUACUCAAAAGGUUUUGUACGUUGAAGAUGAAGAAAAGAAAUCUGUAUUGUUAGAUUUAUUAUCUGCAAAUGAAAAUGGUUUAACUAUUAUUUUCACUGAAACUAAAAGAAUGGCUGAUAACUUGGCUGAUUUCUUGUAUGAUCAAGGAUUCCCAGCUACUGCCAUUCAUGGUGACAGAUCUCAAUAUGAAAGAGAAAAGGCCUUGGCUGCCUUCAAGAGUGGAACUGCUCCAAUUUUGGUUGCUACUGCCGUUGCCGCUAGAGGUUUGGAUAUUCCUAACGUUUCUCACGUUGUCAACUAUGACUUGCCAAGUGAUAUUGAUGACUAUGUUCACAGAAUUGGUCGUACUGGUCGUGCUGGUAAUGUUGGUAUCGCCACCGCUUUCUUUAACAGAAACAACAAGAACAUUGUUAAGGGUAUGCUUGACCUUUUAACUGAAGCUAACCAAGAAGUUCCAGACUUUUUGUCCAAGAUUGCCAGAGAAAGUGCCUUUGGUGGUGGAAGAGGUGGAUCCCGUGGUGGAUCUUCUCGUGGUAGAGGUCCUAUCAGGGACUUCAGAAGAAGUAACGGUGGUGGUUACGGUGGCUCUUCCUCCUCUGGUGGUUGGGGUAACAGUGACAGUCAAUCCUCUUAUGGUGGACGUAGCUCUGGUGGUUACGGAGGAUCCUCUUCUGGUGGCUACGGUGGCUCCUCUUCUUCAUACGGGAACCCAUCUGCUUCCUCCAACUCUUGGUGGUAAGCUAGACACGAUCUAUUAGCUUGUUCGGCAAAUAAUUGAUUACUUAAAACUAUCAAUUCUUUUUUCCUAUUCAAGUUUGUUUCGUGUCCCUUUGUUUGAUUUUUAUUGUUUUUAUGUUGAUUUUGAUAAAUUUUAUUUUAUCAAAAUUGCAUUACCAUCGAUGUCUUGAUCCUGUUGUAUUUCCGGAGGAAAAGCAAAAGAUUUCGUUUUAUCAUAUUGCAUUAAAAACUUUUGGUUGUUUCUUUUCAUGUUGAUUAUUCCAUAUUUAUUGAAAACUGAGUGUUUCUUUUACUGGUCUUUUUUUCUAUGAGUUGGAUAAAUUACAUCUCCUACUCAUCUGUAUUAAUAUUAUUGUCAAGAAAGAAAUAUUUGUUUAAAAGAGAAACAUAUUAUAGAAAAGUUGUUAAUGGGGUUAUUUAUAAAUCUUUUUUUUGUCUGGAGGUUUUUAAAAAGUUUUUUUAGUAUUUGUUUGGAUUUAGACAUUGGGUUAUAUUUUUGUUGAAAAUGCAUCUUGCAAGUGUACAUUUAUUUUAUUGCAUACCAUAUACGUAUAUAUUUCAAAAUGCAAAUAGUUUUAUGUUUGAAUA